AUGAGGAAGUUCACCGGCCAGAAGAUCCUGCCUGAUCAGGACUUCCUAGACCCGCUAUCUGUUGAGAUCAACGUGGAGCUACCACCGUCAUUUGACUCUGACGGAGUGCGCAAGAUCCAAAGUUUCCAGCCCAAGGCACGCUCGGUUUCUUAUUCGCCGCAAACUAUCGGUGUUCAGCAGCCGUCUCUCAAGGACUACACGCCCGAAACCGUGUCGGAGACCCAGUUGUCGGUGCGAAAGAAGCGACUAUUUGACGGCCUUAGUGAAAAGAUCAAAAACUACAGACGCUCGGUCUCGAGCCCGCUGUACAUGCAGCCAAACGAGUCGAACCACUCAGCUUCGUCGCUGGUUUCCAAUCUGAUCGAUACUUACCGAGAAAUGGACGACGCGGCCUCCCAGCCAACGGUGUCUGACUCCGACCACUCGUUGUUCUCGUUUGAGUCGCAAUCGUCAGCCACACUGUUCAAGUCCGACAACUCUCGAUUCUCGUCCCCCAAACAGGCCUACUCCAAGCCGUUGCCUGCGCCUCCCUUGAAGUUCGAGAAUCAGUACGACAUCAGAGACUACAAUCCAACUCCUAUCAAAUACACAUAUCCAGAGGCUCUCAAGAAACCGUCUGCAGGCCCCAAAAAGACCUUGAUGAACCCACCAGACACGUCUGUGUUCACGCGAACACCAACAUACGUCCGCAAACAAAGGUCCGUUUCCGACCAGGCCGUCCAUGACGCCGGACUGGAGCCGUUUAUACUCACCGGCUACCAAUCCUCAAAAACUCUCAAAGUCAUUAAUUAA